AUGAAGAAAACACCAAGCCCCAGUUUGCAUCAAUCUAGCCAAAGAUCACACAUUGGUUUUCUCCAAGAUAGUAAUGACACAAAGAGGCACACUCCCAAGACUAAUCCUGCACUGAAGUUUUUCAAGAAAUGUGCUGCUGUUUUUACAUUGAUUCUCUCUGGUAAAAGCAAAACAGCCUCAAAAGUUGUAGGAAGUGAUGGCAGAAAGAAUAUAUCAAAAGUCAGAGGGGUGGUAUCAUCUUCAACUGAUUUGUCAUCUGAAAGUAAAAAGAAUUCAUCAAAAUGGAAGUUUUCUUAUUCUUAUGCAUCAUCUAGCACUGCAAGUGGACAGCUUGGACUUGGCAACUUCUCCUUUGAAGAGAUUUACAGGUCAACUGCAAAAUUCUCCCCAGAUAAUCAGAUUGGGGAAGGUGGGUUUGGAACAGUUUAUAAGGGAAAGCUUAAUGAUGGAUCUAUUGUAGCAGUGAAGCGUGCCAAGAAGGAUGUACUACACAAACACUUGCACGAGUUCAAGAACGAAAUAUACACCUUGUCAAAAAUAGACCAUCUGAAUCUUGUCAGGUUAUAUGGAUAUUUGGAGCAUGGAGAUGAGAAGAUCAUUGUUGUUGAAUACGUUGGUAAUGGAACACUUCGGGAGCAUCUAGAUGGUACUCGAGGAGAUGGACUAGAAAUUGGUGAACGUCUAGACAUAGCAAUUGACGUAGCUCAUGCAAUCACAUACCUUCAUAUGUACACAGAUAAUCCAAUUAUCCAUAGAGACAUCAAAGCAUCAAACAUCCUAAUCACUGAGAACCUAAGGGCCAAAGUGGCAGACUUUGGUUUUGCACGGUUGUCUGAUGACCCUAAUGCAACCCAUAUUUCAACUCAAGUUAAAGGAACAGCUGGAUAUAUGGAUCCUGAGUACCUGAGAACAUAUCAACUCACUGAAAAGAGUGAUGUUUAUUCCUUUGGCGUAUUGCUUGUUGAAAUGAUGACAGGAAGACAUCCCAUAGAAUCACAGAGACCCCUCAAUGAGAGAGUGACAAUCAGAUGGGCAAUGCAGAUGAUGAAAGAAGGGGGUGCUUUAUUUGCCAUGGACCCAAGACUGAGAAGAAGUUCAGCCUCCAACAAGGCAGUGAAGAAGGUUCUCAAGCUAGCUUUCCAAUGCAUUGCAUCUUCCAGACAAUCACGGCCAGCUAUGAAGAGUUGUGCAGAGGUUCUGUGGGGCAUUCGUAAAAAUUUUAAAGAUGAUUCCAUUUCUCAUCUUCCCCUACCUUCUCACCAUUCUGCAAUUAUUCCUCAAAGAGAAAAGAAUAAGCAUAUGUUAUUUGGUAUUGAAGAUGAUGAAAGCUAUAAAUUUGUCUCUGCACCUAAUAAAAUUCAUUCAUAG